UCACCAUCGGAGGUGGAGUUACCGCCUUACAUCAGGAAGCACAUUGCUGCCCUGUUGUCUUAAGUUUUGUUGAAGUUUACCUAAAGAUGUAAUAUUACGUUUUUUGAGGCUCUGAAACUAGCUGACGUUGUCUUACAACACGUUUACGAUGUUAGACACGUUAAUGAAUCUGCAGUCGACACUCCGUAUUUUCAAUACAAACUAGCAUCUUAGUUGGCGCCGCUGCAGCUGAGUUUGGUUGCUGUUGCAUAGGUUGCUAAGUUGGACCUUAAAGUGUCUGUUCACUGUGAUAAACACUGACAGGAUGACUUCAUACCCAGUGGAGACUUCUUUGGGAUCUCUGCAGAAUCCAGAUCUGAGCUCUGUCCUGUCGUCAUGUGAGCCAGAGCUUCAGGAGCUGAUGAGACAGAUUGACAUUAUGGUCAAUCAUCAGAAGAAGGAGUGGGAGGCUGAGAUUCAGGCCAUGGAGCUCAGGCUGAAGAGUGGAGAAGAGGAGCUGUCAACCUGCAGGAAUCUGAUUGAACGAAGGGACCUGGAGAUCGACUUGCUCCGUAAGCAGCUGGAUGAAGUCCAGGAUGGUCGACAGGAGUUAGUGAAUAAAUACGAGCAGAACCUGCAAAAAGUCCGGGAAGAGUUGGAUAAGUUAAAGAGAAGUUAUCUGAAGCUUCAAAGGAAACAGCUAAAGGAGACCAGCGGGGGCGCAAAAACUAAAGAGAGUGAUCGAUCAGAGGUGACCCGGCUCAAUGAAAAGAUGGAGGAAUAUCACCAGCGCUCUGUGGAGUGGCAGCAGCUGAACAUCCAGCACCAGAAACAACUCAGAGCUCUGGAGGUCCAAAAUAAGAGUCUGACUGAUGAGCUCAGCACCUUAAAGUCCCAGAGUUCAUCGUUGGGAACAGAGAGGGAGCACAGGGAGUGCUGUCUACAGGUGCAGCACCUGCGCACUCAGCUGGAGAGGGCUCAGGACAGCCUGCACUCACAGGAGCUCGAACUGCAACACCUUCGACCCCUCGAGAUGCAGCUGGGAGAAUACCAGAGGGAGCAGCAGGUUAGAAGAAUGGUGCAUUCGGAGGAAAGGGAGGAACUCCAUGCCACGCUGGACUCUCAGGACACAUGUAUGAGAGGCGUCGGUCUGGAGCGUCUGAGUGCUCGUGAUGAAAACGCCAGUUUGAAUCAACUUCUGCAGGCUAAAGAUCAUGUCAUCCGCUCUCUGGAGGACUGCCUGGCCGCUCAGGGCUGCUCUGGAGUGGAAACCCUCCGACAGGAUCUGGAGAAGACUCUGACCAAACUUCACUGCACCCAAACAUGUGAGGUUCACCUGAAGGCGGAGGUGGUGUGUCUCAGAGAGAGGGUAGAGAGGCUGAGCCUUCAGAGAGCUGACCAAUCAAAGAUGGAGGAACUGAGAAACACAAAAGUAGAAUAUGAUUCAACUGUUGCUGAAAUGAAAAGGCUCAGAGAAGAGCUAAAAAGAGCCAAGCAAACUCACAGCGGGGAGGUGGAGGGGAUGAGGAAGGAGGUGUCCAGGCUGACCUCCGAGCUGCACCAACAUGAGAUCACCAUCAGCACACUGAACAGCUCUUCAUCCAGCAUCAAGCAGCAGCUUCAUGAAGAGGCGGAGCAGAAGGCAGCUGAGCUCAAAAUGACUCAAGCCCAGUUGGAGACUUUACAAUCUGAGAACCAGCAUCUGAAGGGGCAGCUUCAGAGACUGGAGUCUCAAUCAGCAAAGAGGGGGGAUCCUUCGCUUGCGUCCCUGAGGGAGAGCUAUGUGUCCUCUCUGAGCAGCCUGGAACAAGAGAAUCAGCAGCUGAGGCAGAAGCUUGCUGAGAAGCACACCCGUCAUGAGGUUUCCAAACGGAAGGAACAAGGCCACGCCAUGACUGACCAACCGCAGCCUGCUCAGGACAGCAAUGCAGAUGCCAGACAUCACAAACACAGGAAGGAGAACACGACUCGAUCCGAAGUGGAGAUCCAGAUGCUCUUCAAGCAGCUGAACACUGUGUCCCCUUCCAACAGAGAGCACGUCUGCAGCCAGGAUCAAGACAGCAGGCCUCAUUCCUCAGCAUCCUCCUCUUCCUCCACCUCCAGCAACAUCAGACUCUGCAGGAGAUACUCAGCGUCCGCUUCAAAUGAGUCCGCUGCUGAGGGGCAAAGCUGCAGCUCUGAGGACUCUCUUACUUCAGAGUCAAAAGGAAAAGUCUCCCCCUCUUGCAUGGAGUCUAUGUCAGCGUCCCCUGCAGAAGCCAUGGUGUCUCGUUUCGUGGAGGAAGAGGACUUGCGAUGCAAUGAGCUGAUCCUGAAAUUGGACACCCACAUCCAGGGUAUGACGGAGAGAAACAUAAGGACAGUUUCCAAGUACCUGCCAGGUGACUCAGAGCCUGAGGCUGCACAGACUUCAGUACAGACGGCACCACCAACACCACCCACCCUGCAGAGGCCCUCCGGCGAGUCAAGUGCAGGAAUGUGAGCACCAUGCCAAUGCUGUCAUGAACCUUCCCCUGCGGCCUGCCUUGUCCUCAUCAUUAGAAAGCUGAUGGAAUGUUAAUAACAACCAUCUGGGGAAACAAUGAAAGGCCAGGGGGGAAUAGUUAUAUUUUACUGCUCUCAUAAUGAAGCACACACUGAACCAAUGGAAAUAAAGUGGAGGAAAAUCUUAUAAAAAA